GCAGGGGUGGUUGGAGAGGCCACGUCUGUGCGGAAGGAAAUCGCAGCUUCAGUGUGUCCAGUGACAUCUCCGGGAGGAAGAGACUGUAGGAGUAGAGCGCUGCUGCCUGCCCGGGGAGACCCCUGCACUGAGAUCACCUGUCUGCCCAGGAGAGACUACCACCGGGUGAGAAGCGGAUCUUCAGGACAAUCACUACAUGUUAGAGAUGACUGACCACUCUGUGGGUGAACCUGACUGCUUGUCAGAAGAGGAAGAAGACUUCAUGGCUGGAGGAGACUUGGGUGAGGGCUUCGGGAGGAAACCUGGUGGACUCUAUGAGGGUCCGGAUGAGACUAUGAAGAAAGCCUUCAGAGUAAGGAAAGGAUCCAGGUCUCUUCAGUAUCACCUUCUCAAGAAGGGAGAAGAUGAUAGUAACACAAGACAUCAUUCUGGGAAAAAUUGCCUGUCCGAGGAAAGAGAGACCGUGAGGCCUGCUAAGGAGGGUUACACCCGGUGCAGACAAAACAGCAUAGAUGCCAGCUCUGAAAUCUCGAAUGAAGAUCUGAGGCAACGUCUCCAGGACUUAUCUGAGGAAGUGGAAAUUCUAAGAGUGGAGCUUGAAGCUUCUCAAAGACAACUUGACGGAAAGGAUGAAGCACUGAGGAUUUUACAAAACAUGGCUGUGUUUGAUAAAGCCACAAGUCACACUAAGGUCAUGCUUCAGAAAGCAGAAGAUCAGCGCAGAGCCAUGGAAAAGGAGAUAAAUGUUCUGCAGUGGGAAAUUGAGUUUGAUCAGGUGAGGCUUAAGAACAUGGAGGAGUCCUGGAAGGAGAAGUAUGAACGCGUGCAGUGUGAAAAUUCAGCCCUGAAGGAAAGUCUAGAGCAGCAGACAAAUGAAGUGAAGAUUCUGAAGUCUGAAAAUACAAUUAUAAACCAUCAAUGCCAGGAGCUGCUAGCAAUGCUUGACGUGAAGCAGCAGAAGAUGUUCCAGGAUAAUGUGUCCCUAGAUAAGAGCAGUCUGACGGAAGUCACAGCUCUUGAACUUGCAGUCCUUGGAGCCUGUACGUGUUGUCCUGGAGGAGAUCCCUGCUCGUGUGCUAAAAUGUCAGCUGCUACUCGGAAACAGCUCCUUCAGCUCCGGCAAGAGUUCGAAGUGGAAAAGAAAGGUAAAGAAGAAGCCUAUGUGAUGGCCGAUGCCUUUCGUAUUGCUUUUGAGCAACAACUGAAGCGCAGAAACGAUGCAACCCUGCCUUUAAGUGAAAUUGAGCGACUGUGCAAGAAAGGGAGCAAAAGACUAAACAACUGGAGACAUCUUAAAGAGGAUGAAUGUUCUAUUUCAAGAGACAAAAAGCGAAGUUUGGGCCAGAAACUGAGAGGCAUGAUGAUAUCGGCAUCUGAUGGCAUGACUCUAGAUGCUGUGGAUGACCCACAAGAAAUCUUCAGGCUACUAAUUGACCUGCUUAAUGAUAAGGAGGAGGCUUUAGCCCAUCAAAGGAAAGUGAGCUAUAUGCUUGCACGAACUAUAGAAGGGAAAUUAGAUCCAGCAACAUGUGGUAAUAGUAAUCCUAAGGAAGAGUCUCCUGCCAGAGGCAACGAACACAACUGCUCUGAUGUAGGAACAACUGAGGAUGCCUGCCUGUGCCCGACAGACAAGGCACCAGAAGGGAGAAGCAGCCAAGAGCAGAUUGUGGCUAGGACUCUGGAAACUUCAUUUUCUUUGCUGCUAAAAGAUGUCUAUCCUCAACAAGAAGAUAAAGGGGAGACUGCUAUAAACCAUGAGACUCUUUUGGACAUUUCAGAACAUCCUCAGACAUAGCAUUUAUAAAUCUAUAUUUUAUAAAGUGGUUCUUAAUAUAUAGUUUUUUUUAAUCAUUUUGUUAUAAUUUUGAGAUGCUUCUUGGACUCUGUUUUAAAAGACCUGCAGCGGUUUAUAACUUAUCCUCUAUCCGCAGGGGAUCUUGGGGGAUACGACCGCUGGGCCCCCCCCCCCCCCGCACGAUUUCCUGUACGGGGCCCCGGCUCUCUCGUGCAGGAGGCGUGUCAGCCGCAUCAUGACACCGCGUUUCGACACGCUCCCUCCAUGUAUCUAUGUGGGAGAGGUGGAGAUGCAGCGUACGUGCAUCCCCGCCUCUCCCAUAGUGCUGAAUGGAGGGGGUCUGUCUGUCAACCUCUUAGUGAGGUUGAUGACACAAGCACCAGCCGUGCAGAGCCGCGGCAGUGUUGGGUCCCGUAUGGGACCCCUGCGAUCAAACAUUUAUCCCCUUUCCUGCGGAUAAGGGAUGAGUUAUAUACCACUGCAGAUCUCCUUCAAUGAUGACUUUCAGCAUUUACUAGGCUGCUAUGAAUGGUUGGUCAUAUUUAUGUGUAAUAAAAAAAAUAAACACUAAAAAUAA